ACCGGAAGUGACGCGAUAUGCGCUAUAAAGCUAAUUUGUUAGCGCGACAGUAAAAUAUUGUACAAAUAGGACAUUUCUUGGUUAUAUGAAUUAAAAGAAGUAAUAUUUUAACUGGUGAUAGUUUCCGUCUUAAUUUAACCCUCGCUAUCUCUUCUUCGUCCAUUAAUUUAAAACGUACGAUGGUUCGCACCAGGCUUCAUCACGACGGUUGACACCGGAAGUCGUCCGGUUUUGUUCACGCGAGCUUGUCAGUUUAGACUGGAACGCGAACAGAUGGAAUUCCGCACUGGCUUCUUAAACAGAUUCCACACAUUUUAAAUUGCAUCGCGCACCUUUUUAGCGGACUUUCUUGCUCGCGAACGACCCUGGCGUGACGACAACGGCCCGUCUGGGAGGCUCGGCUUGCGCUGCACGAUCCGGGACAGAAGCGGUCGAGACAUUUACAGGAUUUCGCCCAGCAAACAUCAUCCCACUGUCACCAUGCCGCUGUUUGGUAAAUCCCACAAGAGUCCAGCGGACAUCGUCAAAACGCUGAAGGAAAACCUGGCCAUCCUGGUCAAACAGGACAAGAAGACAGACAAGGCGUCCGAGGAGGUGUCGAAGUGUUUGGUCUCCAUGAAGGAGAUCCUGUACGGCAGCAACGAUAAGGAGCCUCACACUGAGACGGUGGCCCAGCUGGCCCAGGAGCUGUACAACAGCGGCCUGCUGCUGUCGCUGGUGGAAAACCUGCAGGUCAUAGACUUCGAGGGGAAGAAGGAUGCGUGUCAGAUCUUCAACAACAUCCUGAGGAGGCAAAUUGGGACGAGGAGCCCCACCGUCGAAUAUUUCUGCUACCACCAAGAGGUCCUCUUUAUACUGCUUAAAGGGUACGAGACUCCCCAGGUGGCGUUGAACUGUGGGAUCAUGCUGAGGGAGUGCAUCCGCCACGAGCCGCUCGCCAAGAUAGUUCUUCAGUCGGACCAGUUCCAAACUUUCUUCAACUACGUGGAGAUGUCCACCUUCGACAUCGCCUCCGACGCCUUCGCCACCUUCAAGGAUCUCCUGACGAGACACAAAGUGCUUGUGGCUGAAUACCUUGAACAGCACUACGAUGCCGUGUUUGUAGAAUACGAGAAGCUGCUGCACUCUGAGAACUACGUCACCAAGAGGCAGUCUCUCAAGCUCCUAGGCGAGCUGCUGUUGGACAGACACAACUUCACGGUGAUGACGCGCUACAUCAGCAAGCCGGAGAACCUCAAGCUGAUGAUGAAUCUGCUCCGAGACAAGAGCCCCAACAUCCAGUUUGAGGCCUUCCACGUCUUCAAGGUUUUUGUCGCCAACCCCAACAAGACGCAGCCCAUCAUCGACAUCCUGCUCAAGAACCAGACCAAACUAAUCGACUUCCUGAGCAACUUCCAGAAGGACCGCUCGGACGACGAGCAGUUCAACGACGAGAAGACCUACCUAAUCAAACAGAUCCGGGAUCUGAAGAAGCCGGCCUCCUAGAGGGGCGUCCCUCGCUGCCCUCGCCCCCGACUUUUUUUAUUUGAUAGGAAGACGUACAGUAGAAAAGAAAAAGAAACACAUUAACAAUAACGGUUAUUAUUGUUUCAAAGACGUUAUAUUUCUCUUCGUUGGUUCAUUUAAAACUUGCGCAACUGUAGUUCUCAAUCACCGAUCUUUCGUUUGUACAUUAUUAUUAUUUUUUUUAAUCAUGGAAUCUUUCAUUUCUUUACAUCUGUAGCAUGUCGUGGUGUCGGAGGCAGCCGAUGAGCUCUGUUGGGAGAACCAGCGGGUUAAAAACUAAACAAAAAAGGAAGCUCCGGCCAAACAGACGUGAACCACAGUCGGUUGAUUUUUAACUAUUUAAAUGAAGUAGCUCAAAAAAAAAAACGUAUGAAGAAUUUCUGCUUUCUUCUUCUUUCUUUUAGCUGGAUCAACAUGUCUCAUCAGGAUCGGACACAUUCUCAGUGAUCGCUAAAAGUUUGGUAACUAGCAGUUGCCUUCUGCUCGCCAAAAUCCCAGGGUUGCUCAAGUUUUCUCCCUCUGAAACAAAAAAAAAAAA